AUGGCACCAAAAACCUCGCCAUUUGUCCAAGGGGCCCGACUCUGGAAUGCACCCAUUAGAGCGGGCGUAGCUGAGUAUUGGGAUAGCUGGAGUGAUGUGGAGGAUCUCCCAGUGGAGGAAUCGUGCUGCCACAGCACGUCAAACGCCUUCCUCCUUGUGCCUCCAGAAUGGCAGCAGGGAGACCAGCGCUUGCCUUCAUACAGAGACUUCCAGCAACAUUCGAAUGCAGCGGAGGUAGCAGACGCCUCCCGCCAGCCGAAAGCCUCGACUAGGAGGGAAGAGCAACAAGAAACAGCUGCCUUUUCUAAACCUCAGGGUUCCAAAUCCAGAGAAGUCGCCCCCAAAAAAACGAAAAGUACCCGAAAAGCCACAAAGGCAGCUUCCCAGGCGAGCUCCGAAGCUGCACCACGUGGGUCUCCUAAGGCUAUUACCCCUGCAACCGUGGGAGCUGCGAGUAACAAGAAGAGGGCAGCCGAAAGGACAGGGCUUAAACGCAAGAAAGAAAAGAAGAAUUCGGCAGUUAAACAGAGCGCAAAGGCAGAGACCGCCCAGCAACAGGCGCUGCAGCACGAGCAGCAGAAGACGAACCAGGAGCAGAGCCAGACACAAAGUGCUCCCCUUAUGGUAGACUCUCAAGGUCGGAGCAUUCGGCUUCUGCCCUCUGGUCGCUACGAACUGAUGCAGCCUUUCGAACCAGCAGCACCAGUGGUCCUGCAUGGCGAGCCGCCAAGCAGGAUCAAAGUGCAUCAAGGUUCCUUUAAAGGCAUUGCCGGGAUCCACACAUCAGAAACAGGGGCCUUUGUGAGGCGCCUGCCACAGCGCCUACCCAAUAGUGCAUAUCCUAGGCUGAAGGAAAAGCCCGCCAUCCCGGUUAAGGUGAGGCUGCUAAGGAACCCCAGUGUGAGCGCCCCCAAAAGGCUGCUGGAGCAAAUUGUAGAGCCUCCUAAGCAAGCAGAAGACGGAUGCGUCCAUUUCCAGCUAUAUCAAGUUCAGCAUGGCGAUGAUAGAGAGCACAGGAGAGUCAUAGCUUACAGCUGGAAGGAAGGGCAACCCCCAAUCAUCCCACAUGAGGAGGCUUACCCCAAGACACAGAAGGAAGAAGGCUGGGGAGCAGCAGCGAUAAAAAUCCUCAAAAGUGCCUUCAAUGCAGGCGAGUGCAACGACGCAGCUGCCCGAGCUGUGUCGGCCGAUGCAGAGAAAGAACCAGCGGCGGAAGAAACACAGGAAAUCGACGGGAAAAAGGCACAGGAAGUUAAUAUCCCAAUUAAUCCGUCCACGGAGCUGGAGAGACAGCCUGGGACAGAGGAUCAAAAUGUGACCCGGAUCGUUCCUGCUUGUGAAGUCCUAAGGCCAAAGAUGGAGAUGCCUCUACCUGGGAGACAAACUGGUCAUGUUCCUGUUAAGAUUCGCGUUAUCAGAGCUCGCAAAGCGGCUAGGCAGGCCUCCGCUCUUACUGCUCCACUUACGGCUCCUUCGGCAGCUAUCGGGCUUCCUACUCCUCUGCCUGUAGCUUCAACACCGGUGCGAUUCGCUUUGGUGCAGGUACAGAGUAAGGGAGACAGGGAGAGCAGACGGCUGGUGGCGUUCCGACCUGCAGUGCACUCUCAAGAGCGUACCCAGAAAAACAGACAGAGGCACUUGACAAGAAUAUUCGAUUAUGGAGAAGAAGUGGCGAACUGCGAAGCAGCGCUUGAAAGGAUUUGCAUGCCCAGAGAUGCAUCACAAGGCUCGAUGGAAAGCGCCAUUACCAUGAGCUUCGAGUACCGGGCUUCACUGGUCAAGCAGCAGAAUAGGGAAAAAGGACUAGCCGUGACGCAACAUCAGACUGAGGAGCUCCAGCACCUCGCGGCUGAUCAACAGCGGCGUGAGCAAGAUCAUCAUCUGAUGCUGCUGCAUCAUUUUACGCAACAGCAGAAGCAGCAAAAAGAGAGGCAAGUGCAACUGGACCAUCAAGAGAAAGAACUGAAGAUGCAGUUGGAGAGGUUGCAGAAGAGGGCAGAAUCCCCAGCACAGCAGCAGCAAAAGCUUUCUCAGGGCCUUUCCUCCAACCUAGUGACGCCCAAACUUUCUCACAGAUCUAUGGGUGAUGCAGAGGAAUUCGCUGCCUCGCGGGGAGUUUCUGGGGCAGCCUUCCAGGUUGCACUAAGGGCGGCUGCUCGCGUAGCAGCAAGGCGAGCAGCGGCAGCAGCGAUUGCCACUACUGAGCAAAUUAGGUCCCAUCCAGGAGAGCUACCGUCUCGAGAAACUAGUGGGGGGGACCGAGGAAACAUCCCCCCAGCAAGCCGUUCUCAGAGCCAACUGGCUCUCCAUUUAGGGGUACUUGAGGCAUCGGAGCCUAUGUCUCCCAAGCAAAAUGCAGCAGAUGAGCAAGAAAGUGCCACCCAAAGAGAAGAGCUGCAAUUAGAGAGCGCCAGGUACUCAGAGUCAAGCAAUAUGCAGAGGCAAACCCCACACUGGAGCAUCCGCAGCAACUGUGGCUCUUUACCGCAGACAAGCUGUAUCCCCGAAGAGACGUGUAAUGAAGCGAGGCCAUUAGCGCUUGAUACCGCGAAGUACGCAGAGUGUUGGCUCUCCAUAAAUGGUUCUUGUAUGCCAUCCUCCAUUCCUAACAUCCCCCAAAAUGACCAAGAGGAAACGGUGGAGCCCCAGGAGCAGCGUGAGCCUGUUGCUGUAGAGUCUUCAGAGAAGCUACUGGAGUCCACACAUAGUCAGACCUCUUCCGCUUCCCUAACUCCACAAUUUUUGAUAAGGAGCUUUGAAGUGCAUGAACAGGAAGAGCAUCAAGCUCAGGAGGGCGAAGACGGCAGGAAGGAGUCCUCCAGACACAGCACGCUACAGGAAGAAACGCCCAAGAGCACAAGCAGGUCUCUUCCCUUGAAAACAUAUGAAGUCAAAAGUGAACGCAGUGAGUCAGGACACCCCGAAGGACACCUGCAGCAGUUGGAGAGAGGCUUUGAACAUGAGCCUGUAGGGGCCCCUGUAGAAGGGGAGUACGGAUACUCUGUCGGAUCCUACGAGGUCGGAAAACUUCAGUCGCCAGUAAUAGAGACACAAGCGGUACCUCUGGAAGCCCUUUCCCCAGAGGAUCAGGAGCUCGUAAGGCAGGCAGUUAUGGAGCACCUUCAACAGCAACAAUCACAUCAAUCCCCACCGCAAGGGAUUCAUACCCCCCAGCUGUUUGUUCCCCCCACUCAAGUUCUGUAUAUUUCUGACAAAGCAGUGGAAUCGGCAGCGGCGGCAGCCACGGCUGCCGCCGCCGCUUCAACAACAGUGGGAGCCCCAGUAUGGACAAUCCCCUAUCAACCAGUAGCAGUGCAUCAACCGCAAAUUUUGUUCUUACCAGAUCCCCUACAGCACAAAAUGUUGAUAAUGGAGCAGGGCAAGCUGCAGGGGCAGCACGACUUCCGGGAACAGGGCUGGUACAGCACAGAGGCAGCAGAUACCUCAAUACCACCAGAGACACUAGCGGUAACAGCACCUCCGGAAGAAGUGGCUCGCAUAGUUGCCGCAAAUGCGCCGAAAGAGACUGUGGUACGUGUGUCUGCUUCUGCUGUUGAGUUUUUCCUUCCAGCCAUUUGUGGGGACCCUCGAUCCAGGGAGGCAUCUCCUGAAAGUGCGAUGCCUCCAGUGGAUGAUACGAGGGGGCCACAAGGGUCCCUCGUUGACGUUUUGUGUAUGACAGUAUUAACCGGCGGAAGUGUCCGGUUACUCUAUUAUGGGAACUUUUUGCCCAUUGUCAACUUGCACCCGUGUUUUUGGGUAGCCGAGAGCGCGCCAACAUACUGGGGUCAGCCGAUAUCGUAG